AUGUAUUUUCUGAAGAACCUCUAUCCAGGCACACAGAUUAAUAUUCGUGAUAAUUUGCAGGAAUUUCUACCCUCACUUUCAAUAUCUUUCUGUGAUUGGCUCUUCGCUUGUAUCGCUAUUGAGCGUGCGACAAGUGUGAUUAAAGGUAUUCAGUUCAACAAAGCACUGAGUGUUCGCAUGGCCAAGUUUGUCAUUCCAACAUUGAUUGUCGGUCUGAUCUUUACAUUGAUUCAUAAAGUGUUCACUCGAGAACUAAUUCCAGAUCCACGUAUAGAUGAACGUUUUUGGUGUGUUGUCAGGUUUUCGAAAGCUUGGCUGAACAAAUACGAUGUUACUAUGAAUUUGGUCACUAAUAUUGUCCCAUUUUUGAUCAAUCUCAUUUCAGCCGUACUACUCUUGAUAACUCUUUUUCGUACGAAACAAAAAACAACCAGAAAGAGUUACGUGAAUCUUCUGAAGAAACAAGUGAAAACACAUAAAGACUUGAUUAUAAGUCCAAUUCUAAUGAUUAGCUGCAAGUUACCCAUACUUAUUGUUAUUCUUGUUAUUAAAUGUAUUAAAUACAAAUGGCAACUCUAUCUUUCGAUCAUAUCCUACUUCAUGGCACUUGUCCCAUUGACAGCGACGUUCGCCAUAUUUGUAUUGCCUUCUCUAUCAUAUCGAAAAGUCUUUAGUACUAGGCUAAACAAGUUAUUCGGACGACAAUUGGGAUCAAAAGCAUGACUAGAUGGACGUGCUUUCGUCUUAAUGCUUUUAAUAGUGUGUUUCGCUUUUGUUCUGUCAAAUAUGAUUGUUACUCAGUGUUGAAAUAAGAGGUGUCAUUAUAUAUUUACUUUCAAUUUAAUUUAUGCGUAAAUUUAAUUAUCACUAAUUUAAACUAUAAUAAAGGACCCCGGCGGCUUUCUCAACGUAUUCAUUUCGAAAAAGAAAAUACAGGGUUUUGUAGAGCUCGAAAAGUUACAUCUAGUGAUAUAUGAAUCAGAUUGGUUUCUAUUCAAUUUCAAGACUUUUUCCUUUAUAAGUUGAUCUUAUCAAAUAUUUAGGUUCAAAGCAUUAGACUAUCAUAUAGAAAGGGUCCUUAUCAGAAUACAAUAACAAUUAUUGUCUUACUUAGUCUUGUCGAGCUUUUUCCGCUCUACAAUUUUGCAUCUUUCGUUAACUCGUUUUAAAGAAAAAAUAUUUUUCUUUCAAUUCAAAAAUAUCAAAACUUUUAAUGAACAAUCCAGGAUUUCCACUUUUUGGAUAUUUUCGUGGUCUUUUAUUGUUCUUUAAUACCUAGUGCCAUCAACGUGACUUUUUCUAAGACACUGCACCUAGUCAUGAUCUAUCAUUAGCCAUAAAAACCAUAUUAAAAGUGGAAGUAAUUGUAGAAAACCUCACUCGACACUGUGCGUGAGACUGAGGGUGAGUUAUUCCCAGGUGAAUUUUUUACCGAAAAAUAGUUCAUGAAAACAUUUGAAGCACACAUAAGUCGACUCUGUUUUCGAUGCUGAUUCCAAAUAUGUGAUCAAAUUUUAAUAAUUCAGAUAAAAACGUAACUGUUUUCGCUAAAAUUUUCUAAAAGUCAGCAAAAAAGACAAAAUUUUGCGAGGGUCGCACAGUGUCGAGUGAGUCUUUCUACAAUUACGUGCAGCUUCUCGACAAGAACUUCAUGUUUUAUCGUGAAGAAAUCCAUGUUUCUCCACAAGAACCUCGCUCGUUUUCCUGUAGAAAUGCAUGCUUCUCCACAAGAACUUUCUGUUUUCUGCUGAAGCAAAUCAUCCGUCACCACAAGAACUUCAUGUUGUCUCCGGAAGAAAUCCAUGUUAGUUCACAAGAACUUCGUGUUUUCUCGUGACGAAAUCCAAGUUUCCACAAGAACUUCCUGUUUUCUGCUGAAGGAAUUCUCACCCU